CCCAUCCCUCCUUCCCCAUCCCUCCUUCCUGCCCCUGCUCUCCUCCCAUCCUUCCUUUCCCCCUACCCACCCCCUGCUCUGAUCCCAUCCCUCCUUCCCCAUCCCUCCUUCCUGCCCCUGCUCUCCUCCCAUCCUUCCUUUCCCCCUACCCACCCCCUGCUCUGAUCCCAUCCCUUCAUCCCCAUCCCUCCUUCCUCCCGUCCCUCCUUUCCCCCUACCCACCCCCUGCUCUGAUCCCAUCCCUUCAUCCCCAUCCCUCCUUCCUCCCGUCCCUCCUUUCCCCCUACCCACCCCCUGCUCUGAUCCCAUCCCUCCUUCCCCAUCCCUCCUUCCUCCCCCUGCUCUCCUCCCGUCCCUCCUUUCCCCCACCCACCCCCUGCUCUGAUCCCAUCCCUCCUUCCCUGCUCCCUUCAUCCCCAUCCCUCUUUCCUCCCCCUGCUCUCCUCCCGCCCUCCUUUCCCCCUACCCACCCCCUCCUCUGAUCCCAUCCUUCCCCCGCUCUCUUCAUCCCAUCCCUUCUUCCCUCCUCUGCUCUCCUCCUGUUCCUCCAUUCCUCACUACCCACCCCUCCUCUGAUCCCAUCCCUCCCCCACCCCGUUCAUCCCCCUCCCUUUCCUCCUCCGCUUUCCUCCUCCCACCCUUCCUUCCCCGCUCUGUUCUCCUCCUUCCCUCCAUUCCCCACUACCCACCCCCUCCUCUGGUCCCAUCCCUCCCCUGCUCUCUUCAUCCUCAUCUCAGCUGUCUCCCAUCCCACCCCUCCAUUCCCUGCUACCCACCCCGCUCCUCUGAUCCCAUCUCUCCCCUGCUCUCUUCAUCCCCAUCCCCACUGUCCCCCAACCCUCCUUCCCCACCUCUGCUCUCCUCCACCCACCCCCCUCUGAUCCCAUCCUCCCAGCUCUACUACCCCUUUCCAUUCCCUACCCCUGUUCCCAUUUCUCUCUUCCCGCUCUCCUUCACUCCCACCACCACCUCUAUCCCCCACUCCCUAUUCCCCUCUCCUCCAUUCACCCUGCUCCACUUCUCCCCUCAUCUCUCCAUCCCUCUCCCCUAUAGAGCCUCAGUAUGGUCCAAUUUAGUGGGCUGGGCAUGGGGACUCCUGGGUUCUGUUCCCAGCUGCAUCUCCUGAGCCCACAUUUCCAAACUUUCAUUGUCCUCCAUAUUGAAGCACCUAAUUAAACGAUUGGGUGUCCCAAGGGGCUGAGUACCAAACGUAGUCUCCCAUCGAGAUCCAUGAGUGGCAGGUGCUCAGAACUUCUGAACUCUCUUCACCUUUAUGUAGUAAAAUGGAGGAGUUGAACCAGGCACUAGCUUCCAGCUUCGCAGUGUCUCAGGACCUGAACAGCACAGCAGCCCCUCACCCCCGACUGGCACAGUACAAAUCCAAGUACAGUUCCUUGGAGCAGGCGGAGAGGAGACGUCGGCUCCUGGAACUUCAGAAAUCUAAGCGAUUGGACUAUGUGAACCAUGCCAGGAGACUGGCAGAGGAUGACUGGACUGGAGCUGAGGAGGAGGAGGAAGGUGAAGAUGCAGGCAAUGAGGAUAUGGACGUUGACGUGGGCAAGAAGUUGCCAAAACGCUAUGCUAACCAACUAAUGCUAUCAGAGUGGCUGAUUGAUGUCCCCCCAGAUCUGGAACAAGAAUGGAUCCUGGUGAUGUGUCCCAUGGGGAAAAGGGCACUGAUUGUGGCAUCCAGGGGCUCCACUGCAGCUUAUACCAAGAGUGGAUUUUGUGUCAACAGGUUCCCCUCCCUCUUGCCAGGGGGAAACAGGCGCAAUUCGGCAACUGGAAAAGACUACACGAUCUUGGACUGUAUCUACAGCGAAGUGAACCAGACGUACUACAUCCUUGAUGUGAUGUGUUGGAGGGGGCAUCCUGUUUAUGACUGUCAGACAGAUUUCCGAUUCUACUGGCUUCAUUCUAAGAUACAAGAAGAGGAAGGGCUGGCAGAGAAAAGCAGAAUUAAUCCAUUUAAAUUUGUGGGCCUGCAGAGUUUCCCCUGCACCGCAGAGAGCCUAUGUGAGGUGCUGGCCAUGGACUUCCCCUUUGAGAUAGAUGGGCUCCUUUUCUACCACAAACAAACACACUACUGCCCUGGCAGCACCCCACUGGUGGGCUGGCUCCGACCCUACAUGGUAUCAGACAUCCUUGGGAUGACUGUGCCAGCUAAUCCGCUAACUGCCAAACCAGACUACGCCGGGCACCAGCUCCAGCAGAUCAUUGAGCAUAAGAAGAGUAAAAAGCUGGCAGGAGAAGAGGGAUGCUUGAGCUCCAAGGAGGUGGCUGAGAAUGGACAUUAUGAGUUGGAACACUUGUCUACCCUUUGUCCAGCAGAAUCUCCCAACAGCCAAGUUGAGACAGCAAGCCAGAUGGAGAGCUAGACUACUGUAAUGGGAUGGUUUUAUUGAGAGGGUGAGGGGCCACAGCGCAGCCUUCUCGUUUUCCAUUGCUGCUCAUACUGGCUGGGAGGAGGAUAAUGAUGAUCAUUGGAUGGCUCUGUUUUAAGUGCCUUUAAGGGAAAUAGGUCAGCUUUAACACAGUUUUUGCAAGGACUGUCAAGUCUGUGGAGAUGGUAAGGUUUAGUCCUACCUGCUGAGGAAACCUGCUCUUGGGAUUGCAGCCUGUGCCAAACUGCAUGGUUACUCAUUUAGAACCUGAUCCUGUUCCUAUUGAAGUCCAUGGCAAAACUCCAUUCUCGGAGCAGGAUUCUGAUGCCUGUUUGUAAACUGAACACCAAAUACCAGGCCGCAGACACACCUUACUAGGCUGAAAGUCGGGGGCAUUUCCACCUCCAAUCCAGUGGUUUGCACUUAAGGCCUUUUCAAUGAAAGUUUUGUGGUCAGUCUGAUUCUAGUUUCAGAAUGUUGCACUAUAAGUCUAAAAUCUGAAGUCUUUAUGUUUGACACCCACAUGUUACUGAGAAACAGAAUUUCCUUGCAUCAGACCAGGCCCCUGUAUCCAAAAAUGGCUGUGUGCAAAAAGAAUUCAGCAUAAUUUUAUUCUCUGACCCUUUUUUUGCAGUAGGGGAAAUGCCCAAGUCAGGCUGAAUUUUUUGUGUGUGUGUGGUUGAAUGUGUAGAAUAAAAUGUUUCACAGAACAA